UAAGGUAUGUACAUGUAUUGUACGUAUGUAUAUUUACAGAAUAGUGUCGAAUAUUAUAUAUAUAUAUAUAUAUAUCGAUAGCUAGAGCAUCGAGAGAUUAAAACAAGCGUAGUGUUAGCGUCGAACGAAGAAAGAACCGACACGGAACGAACGAAGUGACACACUCAUUUCGGAUUUUUAGGAAGAGUCAUUUUUAUAUAUGCCACACGUAACACAAUACACACACACACACACACACACACACACACACAUACACACAUAUAGGUACACGAUUUUGCGAUAGAAGAUGUAGCAAGAGCAACGGAGGCCCUCGGGAAAUACCGCGGGCGUCCCAUCCGUUUUUCUUGAUACGUUUUGUAUGUGAAAACGAAUAAAUGACUGUAAUUAUUCUAAGACCAUCUGUCAUAUUUGCAGCACGCCGGAAGGGAGAAUUUCCGCCGGCAAAUGCUCGAUCGAUGCCGAUUCGAAAAUGCAAGCGUACCCUUUGAUCAGCGCGGAUUCGAUCGCGCUGCGAGAACAAUCGUUACGCGUAAGCGCGAUAAUUCGGUCAAGCCACGGAUUCCACGGAGGUAAAUAUUACCUUUCUUAUGCAACGCGAAGGACGAAGCGAGUUACAACAAUAACGACAAUGAGCAGGAUCUUCCUCUGUAAAGCGCAGCGCGAAAUAAGGAGGAGAGAAAGAGGAGAGAUGUGUCCCGCGAGAGUUACGCAACGACACCUAACUGCGGCGGCACCUCGCGCAUUUCAGAGUUCAAUAUCCUUCCACCAUCCACAAAAAUCCCCAUCGCCUCGUCCUCCUGCGCGGUCCCUGCAGUCGUUGCUGCCUCUUCGCAAAGGUAGGAAUAUGGCGAGUCUUACGAAAUCCACCACAAGCGUAAAAUUUGAAAAUAAAUAACAGCGGCUUCAAGACACGUCGGAAAAUACGCGCGGACUCGCGACAGUCCAGUCGCAUUCUGACCUCACGAUCUUGAUCUCCAAUUUCCACAGAGAUCCUCGUUAUAUGCGCGCUGGCACUUCGCCGUGCAGUUCGAGUUUCGCCGCUUCCUCCCAACCGUUCUUACGAUCUUAUUUAUUUUCAAGAGUGUCGCACUUUCGGUGUGUCGCGCGAUUUAUUUAGCGAGCGCCAAACGUUAUAGCGCAGCCGGAAGCACGAGAGGACCGCGACCUCGUUAGCGUACUGGCGAGAGAUUCAAGAAAGACGAAGGAUCCUUCGCUCACAGCAGGACCUCGCGGCUCUCUGCCGCGAGAAUGGCCACUGCAGGGUGCACUUAGGAAAGAUGACGGGCAGCAGUAACAACAAAAUGGGUCAGGGGGUGACGUCGGUUAGGGGAGACGGCAGGAAGCAUACGGUUCAUUGGUUCCGUAAGGGACUCAGGUUGCACGACAAUCCCUCCUUGAGGGAGGGCCUGGCGGGCGCGUCUACUUUCCGGUGCGUCUUCGUGCUGGACCCCUGGUUCGCCGGAAGCACCAACGUCGGCAUCAAUAAGUGGAGGUUUCUGCUGCAGUGCCUGGAGGAUCUGGAUUGCUCCCUGAGGAAACUCAAUUCGCGCUUGUUUGUGAUCCGAGGCCAACCCGCCGACGCGUUGCCCAAGCUCUUCAAGGAAUGGGGCACGACGAACCUGACCUUCGAAGAGGAUCCAGAACCGUUCGGUCGCGUACGGGAUCACAACAUCUCGGCGCUCUGCAAGGAGCUCGGCAUCUCGGUGGUCCAGAGGGUUUCGCAUACUCUCUACAAAUUGGACGAAAUCAUAGAGAAAAAUGGUGGGAAACCGCCGUUGACCUACCAUCAAUUUCAAAACGUCGUGGCCAGCAUGGAGCCGCCGGAACCGCCGGUACUGACGGUGACCUCCGCCUGCAUCGGCAGCGCCUAUACUCCUCUCAAGGACGAUCACGACGACCAUUACGGCGUGCCCACCCUUGAGGAACUUGGUUUCGACACGGAGGGUCUGCUGCCUCCGGUGUGGGUCGGCGGCGAGAGCGAGGCUUUGGCGCGGCUCGAGCGUCACCUCGAGCGGAAGGCGUGGGUGGCGAGCUUCGGCAGACCGAAGAUGACGCCGCAGUCCUUGCUGCCGAGUCAGACCGGGCUCUCGCCUUAUUUGCGAUUCGGGUGUCUCAGCACGCGGCUGUUUUACUACCAGCUCACCGAUCUGUAUAAGAAGAUAAAGAAAGCGAUGCCGCCGCUGUCGCUGCACGGCCAGCUCCUCUGGCGCGAGUUCUUUUACUGCGCCGCGACGAAGAACCCGAACUUUGAUCGAAUGCAGGGUAACCCGAUUUGCGUGCAGAUACCGUGGGACAAGAACGUAGAGGCGCUGGCAAAGUGGGCAAACGGCCAGACAGGUUUCCCGUGGAUCGACGCGAUUAUGACUCAACUGAGGGAGGAGGGCUGGAUACAUCAUCUAGCCAGACACGCGGUGGCUUGCUUCCUGACCAGGGGCGACCUUUGGAUCUCAUGGGAGGAAGGAAUGAAGGUGUUCGACGAGCUGCUGUUGGACGCCGACUGGUCCGUUAAUGCUGGCAUGUGGAUGUGGCUGUCGUGCAGCUCGUUCUUCCAGCAGUUCUUCCACUGCUACUGCCCGGUGCGAUUCGGCAGGAAGGCGGAUCCAAACGGCGAUUAUAUCAGGCGUUAUCUGCCGGUGCUGAAGAACUUCCCGACCAGAUACAUCCACGAGCCGUGGAACGCACCGCUCAGCAUACAGCACGCGGCCAAGUGCAUCGUCGGCAAGGAGUACUCGCUGCCGAUGGUGAACCACAGCAAAAGCUCGCGCAUCAACAUCGAGCGGAUGAAGCAGGUGUAUCAACAGCUAAACAAGUAUCGCGGUAACGGAACUUCGUUCAAAGGAGAAACCGUCGGCCUGCUGAACGCAUUGCUGGCACCGCUGACGAAGGACACCAACGAAGAAAAGACGAAGCAGCAGGACUCGCCGAGUCAGGAGAACGAGCAGAAGAUGGAGACCAUCAGCAACCCUACGCAACAGCAACAGCAGCAGCAACAGCAGCAACAGCAGCAAUAGCGACAGUCGUUGUAGCGAUUCAGCGGACCCGCCAGUGUAUUGUGAUAACGCGGACGCCUCUUUUGUGAAUUUUGUCAGGAGCGAUCAAACUCGAGCGGAAUUUUUCCAAUCGCGCGGAUCCUGUAUUUGCAAUUAUUUAUUCGGUGAUAUAUACGUGAGCGUGCGUGUGCACGAGCAUGCAUAUAUGCAUAUAUGCUCGCGUCCGCUAUUCCGACGAGAGUAUCUCUCUGUGAACAAUAAGCUAGUGAGCGCGUAGAAAACAGCGUGCUAGAAAACAAUCCUGUUUAAUGAAGUGCGUGGGUUCCAUCUGAAUAAACUGCCGAUUAGCCGCGGAGAAAUUUGUCGAUUGCACGCGAUACAAUACAGCCUGGUGCCUCUUGGAAAAUUAUUAUUAAUAAUAAUUAAUUGUCGUGUCUUCCUUUUGAGCUUCGAUUUUAUUAUUUUUCCUAUCCUGCGAUAUUGUCUAAGCUUUGACAAGUGUAUUGCACGUUCGAUAGUCCGAGUGAAUUUUAUCUUUGUACAUAUGGAUAUUGACUUGAAUAUAUUAACUGAUUAUAUUAGCUUUACAAUAUUUCCUUUUAGGUACGUUCUAAGCGACGACUUGAGUGUUAAUCGAAACAAGAGAACGGCCGAGAGCAGCGGUGCGAGAGGCGCCGUGCUAUUUUUAUAACAUUUGUAGAAGGUAGUCGAUGUUUUACGGGGAAACAUUCAGGCGUGUCCCUCGACCAGUUUGACGGGUUUUGGAUACAUCGCAGAGCAACUGAAAAUAGAAGAUAUAUGUUUUUUAUCGCAUGUUUUUAGCAAUCUCUCGAAAGUAAUUUCAUAUAUUUGAUUACAACAGGAUAUCUUCGAAAUUGUGAAAUAUAUGCUAUUGACUUAAAAAUUAUGCAAUUAAAUUUUUCAUAAAUGUGUGUGAUGUUUCUCAACAUAUCCUUACCCUGCAUUAUUAUUCUUACAAAUUUUAAAAUUUCUGUAAUGAUGAAAGAUGAAGAAAAUUUCACACCAAGUUUCCACUUAUGUGUGUAAUAAUAUUAUUUUCCAAAGCUGUAUUUUUAGAAUAUGAGUUUUAGACAUGAAUGCUGCACGGCGCGUUAUGACUACAUAUCACAUUUAUGCGAAAUAUUAAACGUUAUUUCUAGUACUUUGAAUAUAACAUAUUUGAAGUAUACAAAAUUGAUGAGUGACACGUAAAAGUAUUUCUUUGUAAGAAGAAACGAUUGAACAACCUCCUACAAUAAAUAUAUAUAUAU